UACUUUUAAUACAAAAUAGGUCAUAAUUAUUGGCCAAUUUAUUGCCAGUAUUAUAUUUCUAAGGAUUAUAGAUCGUAAUGGUAAUGGUAAGAGAACAAAAGUGGUACAACAUUUAGUCGGAGACUGUAGAAUUGUAAGUUACAAUAAGAUUACGAUAAAAUCGAAAAAUGAUAAAACAAGAUAAAAGAGAAUGAUACAAGACAAAAUAGGGGUGAUUAUUCAGGAGAUGAAAAGUAUGGAUGGAUGAGUGUGGCAAGGAAUAAUUGUAAACCAAGUCCCUUCUUGGCAAAUGCAAGCUAAAGCAAUAAAUAUUCUAUUCUAUUGUUAUUCUGCUCGAGUGCGAUCGUGAAUUGUAUUUUCAAAUUAGCAUUCGCUUCUAUUCUAAAGAGCCGAAAAUAAAACUUUAAUACAUUAAAUUACUCGUGGGGCAGUGCGAGACUUUAACUUGUAUGAAGGAAGAAAAUAAUUCUCGACACGCUAGGCGUACAAUAUGGCGAACAAAAGGUUACGGACCCCUGAUACUGGGACGCCUGAUCACCCCGCGCUUUAUCCAGUCGAUCGUUGAGCGGCUCGUUGACUCUCGUCCACGAUGACGCGAUGACGGUGCGAUCUCGUCCUGGUUGACCUCGGCUGGGAGUCUCUAAUCCAUGAUUCCGCCGCGAGUCGGCCUCGAUGACGAGAACCCACGCACCGCGCUCGGAUACCGAUGCUCUCCGCGACUCUCGUCGCCCCCGCCCUUCCCUCUGCGCGCCCGCGGACUCGGAGCAAUCGCGUUUUCCCGGAUGGCCCCCACGGAAACCGGACACACAAUGGGUCCACUUCCGCUGAGCGCAAGGCCAGAGAUGUCGGACGUGGGGGCCCCGCUUGUCCGACCCCCGCGCGCGCAUCGACGUCGUCCGUGAGCCCGAAGCUCCGUGUGCCCUCCGCCUGGGCCCCCUACGGCCUGUUGCGCUCAUCGGCAAUGCACGAUUUACUGUUUCGCCGUUCUCUCUUCUGUUUCUCUCUCUUCCUCUCUCCACUUCCCAGGUGUACAGGUGUCCAUUAUUUCCACGCUUCCCGCCGAUUUCGACCGUCAGUUUGAUUACGGAUGCCAUUCGCACCGCACGCGUGAUUUCGGCGUGUACGCUCGCACGCCUCUUUCUCGCGCGCGACAGCACGGGCGGAUAGCACGGGGGACGCGCGCAAGAUCGAGCCCUUCAGGAUCGCGGAGCCUCCUCGCAACCGCAAUCACGCCGAAGGGACGGAAGGCUCGCUGAACGGUGAAGAAAAGAACUGGGGGAGAGCUGUCCCUCCCGGAUUGUAAUAGCGAUUGGCAUGUCCGCGACGAGGUAAUCUGUACAUUUCAAUACCACGAUGCGGAUAGUUCACAGUUCAAUUAGCAUGCUACCAGCCAUUUGGAUAUUCAUCGUGUUAGAUCUAUUGGUUAACGUUUCAGCGCAAACGACCUGCAACGGGGGUCUGGGUAGGGUGGUUUACGAGAGACUUCCGGAUCAGCAGCUUCAGAAUUUCGACGACGAUGUGGUGCGAGACUCGGCGCCUCCAUUUAGGGUCUUGGAGAAGUGUCAGGAGCUCUGCCUGCGGGACAGAACGGCGACGAACAAUCUGGUUCGUGCGUGUACGAGCUUCGACUUUCAGCCCGGCAGCAGAAUCGCGUCCUUCAGCGGUGCCGCCGAGUACGAGGAGAGUAUUUGCUAUUUAACGAGGGAACAGGCGCAGCCGGAGGGCAUAGGAAAUCUCAUGCUCGUACCGAACAGCGUGCACUUUACCGAAGUAUGCUUAGCGUCUGACAGAAUAGAAAGGGAAUGUCCGAAUCGCCGUUACGUAUUCGAGAGGCAUCCGAGGAAGAAGCUGAAGCUACUCCUGACCGAUAUCAAAGAAGUCAGCGCCGCUAAUAGGACCGAUUGCGAGGACAGAUGCCUCAACGAGUUCAGUUUCGUCUGCCGAUCGGCGACGUACGACACUGCCCUGAGGAGCUGUUCUCUCAGUCGCUUCACCAGGAGAACUCACCCCGAAUUACUGGAGGACGAUCCGAAUUCUGAUUAUCUGGAAAAUACCUGCCUCAAUGCUGAAAGACGAUGCGACGGACUCGCAGUGUUCGUCAAGGAAGAAAACAAGCGUUUACGCGGCCCCUUUGAAGUGGAUAUAUACACGAAUCUCACUUUAGACGAAUGCCAGGCGCUAUGUCUCAGAGCAGAGAAAUAUUUCUGUCGCAGCGUUGAGUUUGACGAGCAAACUCGGCAGUGCGUCAUAUCUGAGGAGGAUUCUGUUUCACAGAAGGACGACAUUGGGCUUAGCAGCAGCCCGAGCCAUCACUUUUACGAUUUAGUAUGCCUAGAUAAUCAUCCGUCCGUAGCGCGCGGCUCCGAAUACCCGGACAGCAGCUCGACGUCGCCCUUUUUCUCCGAUGGUCGCCGUCCGGACACGGCCUUCCAGCGUUAUCGGAACUCGCGUCUGAGCGGCGAGUUCCACUCGGAGAUCACCGGACGCAGCCUCAGCGAGUGCCUGGACGAGUGCCUCCGGCAGACGAGCUUCCAGUGCCGCAGCGCCGUUUACUCCGAGCAAUAUCACACCUGCCGAUUGAGCCGGUUCAAUCAGCGGGACGGUAACCGGAUUAUCUACGAUGCCGAUUACGACUAUUACGAGAAUCUCAUGCAUCAAUAUCUCGACGGCGAUCGCGAUAACCCUGGAUAUAGACCAGAUCCCCUGGGACAGGACACAAACUUUGGACGACCCUCUUUAGGAAGACCCGGAACUGGAUACCCAGAUGAUUACGACAAAGGAUAUUCGAGCAGCGUCAAGCCUGAUCGUUAUCCCGACCGUUAUCCAGAUCGUAUGCCAGAUCGUUAUCCCGAUCGGUAUCCCGAUCGUUACCCAGACCGCUAUCCCGACCGUUAUCCAGACCGCUAUCCAGACCGAUAUCCGGAUCGUCGCCCUUUAGACAAAUACCCGGAUAACAAAUAUCCAGACGAGUCCGAUAAUUAUCCCGAUCGGUAUCCUUCCAGUGAUCGAUAUCCUGAUAGGUAUCCCGCAGAUCGUUAUCCCAUGGAUCGUUACCCUGCAGAUCGUUAUCCCAUGGAUCGUUAUCCUACAGAACGUUAUCCUGCAGAUCGUUAUCCCGCAGAUCGUUACCCCGCGGACCGUUAUCCCGCAGAUCGUUACCCCGCAGAUCGUUAUCCCGCAGAUCGUUAUCCCGCAGAUCGUUAUCCAGAUCGAUAUCCCAAUAGAGGAGGAGAUCGCCGUCCCGUCAAUGGCAUCAAUAGAUAUCCCGAUGCCGGAACUCUGGGGAAAUAUCCCGCGAAUUCCGUAACGUACGGAGUUCGAUUGACUCCAAGCCGAUAUCCCGACAUGCUUGAUCGAUACAAUCCCAAUACAAUCGAUCGGUAUCCUUAUCCAGAAGACGCGUUGGACCGAUAUCCCAUGCCAUCAGGUGAUAGAUCUCCCAUCGAUCGAUAUCCAACUGGGAGAUAUCCGGACAAGGAUCCUUAUGCUAGCCGCCGGUAUCCGCCGCCAGGAAUGUACCCGCACGGAUUCGCCGACGACGUCCGUGGUCCUCAGAGCCACGGUCCCGAGCCACGACCUCAUUAUGGCGGCGGGCCUUACGGUUCAGUGCGGCCCAUCGGAGGAUACGGAGGAUACGGCGACGGCGGUGGCGGCGGCCUUGGCGGUGGCGGCAGUGUCGUUGGUGGCGGAUACAUAGGCGAAGGCGGCGUCUACAACUCUCGUCCAUUUGGAAACGCCGGCGGGCCCAUCAUAGGCAGACCACCGCUCGUGUCCAGAUGCGACGAGCAGGAUAAUUUCAAGCAGGUCGGAUCUCACACCAGGGUGCGGAAGCCGUUCGUCAGGCGGUACACCACUUCCUCGUCGUUGGCUCAGUGCGAGAGGGAGUGCGCUGACGCUCGAGACUUCGUUUGCAGGUCCUUUAAUUACCGGCCGUACGCCGCGCCUUACGGGGCCGAGAGGGAUAACUGCGAGCUCAGCGACCGGGACUCCAGGGACAUGGACAUGGGCAAUCCGGUUUAUUACGACUCGGGUUCCGAUUACGAUUUCUACGAGAGGAACAACGGCCGCCAGGGCGCGGACGGGGAAUGUCUGGAUGUGAGUCAGGUCUGUAGCGAGGACGGAAUGGAGUUUACCCUCAGGACACCGGAGGGAUUCAUCGGGCGAAUUUACACGUAUGGAUACUAUGACCGGUGCUUCUUCCGCGGCAGUGGCGGGACCGUGAACGUGCUCCGUAUCAGCGGACCUCAGGGAUACCCCGAGUGCGGCACACAGCGAUACGGCGAUACGAUGACGAACAUCGUGGUGGUGCAAUUUUCGGACUACGUGCAAACCGGACGGGACAAACGGUUCAACCUGACGUGCAUGUUUCGGGGGCCCGGCGAAGCUGUCGUCACAUCCGGCUACAUCGGUGCCGGGUAUGCCAGAUCAGGGUCUCCCAUUCCCAUCGAGUAUCUUCCAGCGGAAAACACCCUGAGCUCCAGAGUGCGCCUGAUGAUUCUCUACCAAGGUAGACCUACGACGACCAUCGCUGUCGGCGAUCCUCUGACUUUCAGACUCGAAGCUCAGGAUGGGUACAAUUACGUAACGGAUAUAUUCGCUACCAACGUUAUUGCAAGAGAUCCUUACUCUGGCAGAAGUGUUCAACUAAUAGACAGAUAUGGCUGUCCGGUGGACAACUACGUGUUUCCGGGUUUGGAUCGUUUGCGCGACGGCGACAGCCUCGAAGCUCGCUUCAACGCUUUCAAAAUACCCGAAUCAAAUUUCCUGGUGUUCGAGGCGAAUGUACGAACGUGUCGCGAUGGCUGCCAGCCGGCGUAUUGCUCCGGUGGUACCGGCAGAAGCGAGCCGUCCUUCGGCAGACGGCGAAGGGACGUAAAUAACGACACGGUGGCGAACGAGGACGAGGCAUCGCCGAUAACGGUGAUCGACGGUGACUCCAGCAACGCGUCGACGACAAUCUUCAACGCAACCGACGCUGCGAACGAUGAGUUGGAUAACGAAGAGGAGGAAGAGCACGUCAGGGAAAUGAUAGAGGUUCUCGACUCGAGAAUGGAUAUUGAGGAAGACACCCGUGUCGAGAAGCAAACUAAGAUCUUGGAAAAUAUUUGUAUAACGCAAAACGAAUACUACGGCUUGGUGACUGCAGUGGGCAUUCUCGUCGUGCUCUUAGCCUCCGUUGUUCUCUUAUCUAUGCUCGUUUACCGGAAAUACGUUUAUUCCGUGAUCAUGAAAAAUCGUAGACUCGAUAAAACUUGCAAUCGCAGCAGUCAUUCCGACGAGCCUUACAGCAGCCGAGUCAACAACUUUUCUUUUAUGAGGGCAGGUCUUCAGAAACCGUUUCAGGCAACAUCAAUCUCGAGAUCCAUGAGCAACGCCAUCAGCCAACGCCUCGCCUCGUCGUCCACCGCUUUGGAGGGUGCGGUGGGUUUAUCCGCCGGCCGACGUGGCGGUUUCGAUCCGAGCGAGCCGAUCUAUACCGAUCCCUCGCUUUUCGAGGUCACUCCUUGCUCGAAUGCCCCGAAAUCGGCUCUCAGCGACAAUUUUCAUCUUAUGUGAAGAAGAAAUACGUAAAGAGAUCGAUCCUGAAAUUGCAUAAACACGAACGAUUCCUGCUCUAUUUAUUUACUUUAAUGAGAGUACACGAAACCGACUAACGACAACAAAUCCGUGACAAAUCAACAUCCGAUACAAUCUAUUCUGUCACUAGUCAAUAAUCCACUGCCAAUCCACCUGCUAACGACUGUCGAAGCAUUUAUCAAUGAUCCUUCAGAGAUUCCGAAUCGAAUUUUAUUAUAACGAUUUUUAUUAUAUCGUUGAGAAAAGAUUAAAUUAGAAUCUACGUUUAUAUAUAAUAUUAUUACUAAUAAUGGAGAAGCUAAGGAUAUCGUUUUAUAAAAAUAUUUCCUAAAGAUGCUUCAGAAUUAGCAUCUACUGUUUCUCUCAAACGACAUUCCAAAAAUGACUGCAUUUAAUAUAUAAUAAUGUAGAAAUUUAAGUUUCAAAUAAACAAGAGUAUUUUAACAAUAAGACGCAAAGAAAACUCGUAAUACAUUUAAUUUUAAUGAUAAUAAGACAAAAUAAAAAACUCAUUGUAUGUUUCUUACAAAAUCCACUUUUCAUUUUUUACGGUUUUUUUAAAAUAAUAAUAGAAGAAUGUAGAUCAAUAAGAAACAUUUAAUUAAAGAAUCUUAUUUGGUUAUAGCUAGAUCUUUGUACUAAUAUUUCUUGUGUGAUUAAAACAGAUUAAAAAUGUUUUAUAAUUGUAACUAAUAUUUUCUAAAUCUAUCUAUUUAUGAAACUACAUGUAGACAAAGUUUCAUUAAAAUCAGAAUUUGACAGUUUGCAAGGUUUUCUUGUAAGACACCCGUUUUAGAAAAUUAGAAGGUUUCAGUUCAAUCCCUGGUUGAGAUAUUAUUUUCCGCAACAAAUUCUUUACACUAUUUGACGGAGAGUAAGAGACUUGUAAGCGUUAUUAUUAUUAUCAAUUUAAUAUUGCGAUUACACGGAAAGAACAAUUUUAUUGCAGCAAAAAAAAUUUAGCUAGAUACAAAUCAGAAAAUAAUUUCAUGUUGAGAGAACAAAAUAAUUAUCUAGGACGCCCAAGAAUGAUAAUGUUGCUGCAACAGUUUCGACAUUCCAGCAGCCAAAUUAAGCAUCUUGUACAAUUUUUUAAAUAAUCAACAUAAUUAUUUUCAGAUACGUAUUUAAACAAAAUUGUUCUUUUCAUGAACUAAUCUUUAAAUUUCUUAGAACUGUGUUUUAAGACUAGAAAUUUAUUUGGCGUGCAGUUUGACAAACUUGAAAAUGUAUAUAAAAGCACACAAAAAAUAGCACGAAAAUCCAGCUAUAUCUGAAUAAAGCUCAACUUAAAUUUUUUUUUUUUUUUUAUUUGGAAUAAACGAGUUCUCUAUGCUCUUAUAUUUUAACAACAAAAAUGACUGAUCCAGACACACAAGGAAUACGAAUAACGUAAACAUCGAAAUGUUUUUCUUUUAUAUUAUUCUCAUAAUUUUGUCAGCUCUCCGUCGCGUAUGCAUUCGUCAAAAGUCGCAACGUUCAUUCACAAGCCAAAUAAUAUCACAUAACGUAACAAUUAUUAAUUACUAGCAAGUAAAAGAUCAUCAGAAGGUUCACAUAUUUAUUAUGAUAUCCUAAUUUUACAUUUAUGAGAAAUAAAUUAGUAUUAUACAGA